CGCGAAGUUCAACCGAAAGCGAGUUGGUGCGCAGUGUGUGCCUGAAAUGCAUUUAAAAAUAAGUGAAUAAAACCGAAAACGAAAACGAAGAAGGGAUAAAGGCCUCAAGAUGAGCAAGAAAAUGUGGAAUAAGAUUUUCAAAUCCAAAUCGCAGAAGCCGCAGCAGCCGUUGGCGAAAAUCAACAAGCGGCAUAGCCGGGGCAUCUACGAGGAGUACCAGCAAUUAAAUGAUCUGCUGGCCGGUGAAAAGGCGCAGCUGAAUUUCAGCGAUCAGGGCCAAAACGAAAAGGAAAAUGAGCAUGGAAAUGGAAAUGGCAAUGGCUGUGGAAAUGGGAAUGGCAGCAUUAACGUUUUCGAGCAGCAGCCGCGGCAAAGUUCUUUCAACUCGCUGGAGUUUAGUGAGGCGCAUCAGCAGCAGCUACUGCAGCAGCAGCAAUAUCAGCAAUCUUCACAGCAGCAGCAUCAGCAACAGCAACAGCUGUCCACAUUUUCGCGCGUUCGCAACACAUUUUCCCUCAGGCGCGGCAACAACAAGAAACAGCUGCUUAAUGCCAAGUCAACAACGAACACCGCCACCAUGGAUUCCGGCGUGGAAGACUCUAUGCAGGGCGCGGAUACGGAUCCGCUGCCUCCGCCGCCGCCACCACUUACAACUGGAUCACCGCUCCCGAUUCCGGAACAUGCGCCCCCCCAGAGCAGCGGCGACCUGACCCCAUGUCCCUGCUGCAGCCGCACCUUCAACCUGGAUGCCCUGCGCAAGCACAUCGUGAUCUGCGAGAAAACCUCCAAGAAGCGCAAGGUCUUCGACUCGUCCCGCCAACGCCGCGAUGGCACUGCGCUCUCCACCUAUGUGUUGCCCAAGAACUUUGGCCUUCCCAAUGCUGAACGCACGGUAGGAGUUCCAGUUCCGCCGGCUCCAGUGAGCACAGCAGCAGUCGCCGCUCCAGCAGAACCCCAGAACUUCCCUCGCUCAACAGCCCGAGCCUCCAUGCGCAAGGCGGCAUCCACACUCUCGAACUCAUCGUCCACCGAGACGCCACCGGCAGCACCCGUUGCUCCGGCUCCGCCCACGGUACGUGAACGAUCCCAGGCUAAGCGCAUCAAGGCACCGGCCUGCGAUCGGUGUCCCCAUUGCGAACGCACCUUCAAUCCCAAGGCAUUCGACCGUCACGUGGAGUGGUGCAAGGAGAAGGCUAUCCAGGCGAACAUGAAGUCGGGCAACAGCCAGGAGACGAGCAAGGCAAAGGAGCGUUUGGAGGCCAGGAAGCAGUACAAGCCUCCGAAUCUGAAGACCAAGAGAUCCCUUGCCCGGGAUAAGUACUCUGGGAACCAUGAGGAGCUGCUGGAAGCCGGAGACAUGUCGGCCCCCAAGCCCAACAUAAUGUCGCUAUCGAUGACGUCGUCCGUGCACAGUGAUAACGCCCAAGUAAUCAAAGCACGAACUUCCCCUGCCGCCACCAAGGAGAGCCGUGGGUGGGCAGGCACCAAGGUCACCCAGAACCAGGUGAGCCUGGACAUGUCCAACGAUGAGGAUGUGGCCUCUUCGCCGGCAUCCAGUGUGCGGGCGACUACUUCCAGCCGCCGCUUAAGCAAGCGCCAACACAUAGCGGAAACCUGCAGCGAAAUCGAUGAGACAAUGGACCGGAUCAAACGUAAUUCCCUCAAGCUGGCCAGGUUGGACUGCGAGGACGCGCCUAUACUCCAGCCAUCGGCCAAGACCCGAAGGGCUGUUAUAAAAAGGGGUAAAGUUGAUGCAGUCGACAAGGAACUCAGCCUGCCAAAUCUACCGCAAGUCACCAUGACGUUCGACGAGCUCAACGGUUUGAUCAAGCGCAAAGGUGGCACACCCAUCUGCAAUGUGCAAAUGGAUGAGCAGGAAAUCGGCACACUGACCACCAAGCAGCGCUCCGCCACAUCGGCGUCAAUUGUGCGCCAGGCACGCAGGCGCAUUAGCACCCGGGAGAGUCCGAGCCUUGGAUUGCAAAGUCACCAGCAGGAAUCACUGCUGGCCAAGAACCUGGACUUUGGCUCUUUUGAUUCCAGCAUGGUGCCCUUGCAGCGUAGUUGCAAUUAUUCUGGAUCCGACGACGACGACGACAACGUUGACUCUCCGCGGGCAGAGAUCCAGAUUAAAAUGGAGGCCACCACCAUGCGCACCGUGUGCAGACCCCCGAAGAAAUCGGGACAUAAGUUAAAGCACUCGGAGUCUAUGCUGGCAUUGCCCAUGCCAGGAUUGAAGCAGAGUCUGGAAGCCAUUAACAAAUCCAUGGGUCAAACAGUAUUGCCACGCUUGAAGCUGGGAAAUGAAAGGGCCGAGUACGAUCAGGAGGAGGAGGAUAACUAUAACAGCGACCUGGACUACGAAGAAGAAGGACCCUUAGUCAGAUACAGUCAAGAGGAUAACCAAAGCGACGAGCAGGAGGAAGAAGUGGAGGAAGAGCCGGUACUAAAGCUGCCUCCUUUGGUCAAGCAGAACAGCAACAUCACACGCCGUUUGGUCGUAGAGCAGGAUGAGAAUGGCACCGUGUAUAUCAAGUCGGGUCCCAAGGCCAAGCGCAGGUUUGUAACCAGCGAGAGCGGCCUUGGCGACAAGUACGAUCCCUUCCUCUCGGCCAAGCGCCAGCUGGAGGAGCUCUGCUCGCCCAGCACGCCGCCGCCAGAGGAGGAGGUGACCACCAUCAGAUCCCUCAUGACACCCACAGCGACAGCCACACCUAGUAUCGCCAUGACCACAUCGUUGACCUCGACAGGCAGCACGAAGCCGGUACAGAUUGCUUCAAAGACGACGACUCCAACCUCGAAUUUCCGACGCACUUCAUCGCUGAGAGGACCUCGGCGCAAUGCGCCUCUGCUGAACAGUCGUCCGCUGUUCGCCACCAACUACCGCCCUACCAUCCAGCGCGGUCUCUCGGAUGAGGGUCCCAUCUCCACGAACUUCCUGAAGCCAGAGGAGUAUGACGAGAUGCCGGUGAGAGCUGCCUGUGGCAAUGAUUUCCACAGUCCACGCGUUGUCCGCCGCGACACGAGUGCCUCCAACCGCAAGCAGCCUCUGAAGUUGCCAGUAAGUGGAACCAACGAAGGUGGCAAUACAACCUCUUCCGUUCAGCCCACGAGGACUGUGGCCAAAACGGACUCGCUGGCGGUGUUCCUGAAGUACGAGCACGAGCUGGAGCAGCUGAAUGCCAAGGCGGCGGAGCUGGCCACCGCAAGCCAGUUGAACAGCAAGGAGUUAAAGGACAAGAGCAACACGCUGAGCAAGCAGAACUCGGCCAAGAACUUGGGCCAGAGUACUCCGACUCAGUUGCCGCCCUUGACUCCAACGGGGGCGGUGCCACCUUCACCAACUCUAGCCAAGGAGAACCACUACCCUCCCAUAGCCACACCUCUGCGCUUAGAGCCGAUAAGCAACAAGCCAGCUAUGAUAAUGAAUCAACAGCCCCCGCCACUCACGCCCAUCAAGCUGGAGAGCAUUUUUGGCCCCAGAAGGGAGCUGGGAUCGGUAUCAGGAGCUGGCUCAGUAGCCGGGGACUACAUAGACCCCAAGCUGAUCAAUGCCUGCGAUAAUCUCCAUGUGAACAGCGGUAUAUCCUCGGAUGCCAGCUCCACGCCGCAACAGCUAUCGCAGAGCAGGAGUAGGAGCAGCUCCCAAUCGACCAUCACCCACGAACGAAGGCAAUCCGGCGAGGCCAGGAACCUGCUAAAGCGCAAGAUGCGACUCGGACGCAACCAAUUUCUGUACGAUGCCUCGCCAGAGGAUGCGGACGCCUCCUCGGGCUGCUGCUCGGCGGACGACGAGGCCAAUCGAUCUUCGAUGGAGUACGACGAGCAGUGCUGGCAGCAACAGCAAAAGCAACUGCUGGCCAAUCCUUUGCCCCUGGUCAUGCCCAUGGUGCACAGCGCCAUGCCCACCUUCGACGACUUUGACUUCGAGGAGUUCCUCUCCUCAUUCGAGAACGAGAAUGACGACGAGCAGUUCCCGCUGUUCAAGGACUGUCGCGAGUUCCUCCUGAAUCGCUCGACGAGCAGACACCGCUCGUUCCAGAAAGCAGCGACUUCGACACCACAGACAGCCACACCACAGAUCAAUCCACAGCUACACGGCCACCAGUCCAAGAGCAAAGAUAAUUACGCCCAUGCCACCCACAGGUCCGAUGCGAACACGUCUAGCCAGAGCCAGCCAGAGGAGCGCCUGCAGCGCCAGCAGUCAAAUGCCUCGAGGGGCCACGAGGAGAAGCAGAGCCGCUUCCAGGAGUUGGAGCGACGCGCUGAUGCCGAGGAUCAGCAGAAGCGCGAGAUCUUCAUCAGCAUUGAGACCGAGGCCAAUGCCCAGGGACGUUCGCCCAUUUCCCCAGAGUCACUCCGACAUAUGGUCGGCAAUCCGCAGACGCCCAUCGAUGUGCUGCACAUCGAGAACGGAAACGAGCCGGAGCACGCCAGGUUCAGCAAGAUCAGCGAUACGGAGGACGCAGGUCAAGAGCCCGGGGAUCGGGCUAGUCAGUUGGGCAGCAAUACAAACACCAACAGACUGGCCCCAUCCUUGAGUGCAUCCACACUGGCGCCCAAUGUACAGCUGAACAAUGCCAAGAACCUGAUGCAGCAGAUGCAAAGUGAUUUCCGCCAGCUGGGCGAGGAAGCCAGUGCUUCUGUGCGUCGCCAGCUGAUGUUAAAUAGCGGGCGAUCGGAGGAGCACCAACAGCAGCAGUUCAGGAAUCAGGAAACAGGACAGCAAGAGCAGCAACAUCAACAUCAACAUCAGCAACAGCAGCAUGCACCCCUAACUCCAUCGCCAUCGGCGGACUCGGAUGAGCUGAGCAGCUUGGAUGGUUAUCCCAUGUCAUCGUCGCAGUCCUCACGCCGCGGAGCCAGCUCCAAGCUGAGCUCGGAUUCUGCAUACGGCAGCAGCAAUUCCCCGUACAGCUUGUCGCGUCAGCGCUCCAGUGAACUCCAACCCAUAGGCGGCACUACGCACCGUUCCCAGGGACUCUUGCGUCCGCAUACAGCCAGUGCCAAGUUGCCCAGCACCACGUCGGAUGCCUGCACUCAGGCACAAACCCAGUACGGUACACUCAAGGCACGCCAGCGUCUCUUUGGGAAUGGCGGCUCAGUAAGUGGUGGUGGCAAUGGCAAUGGUGAGGGUGUCGAGUGCUCAAGCAGUGGAUCGGAGGAUAGCUCACAGCAGCCAAUACAGCAGCAGCAGCAACAGCAGCAGGCCAGCAACUACAACUAUCAGCAGCAGCAGCAGCAACAGCAUCAGCUAUCCCAGCCAGCUUACAACAACAACAACUUACCGAUGACACCAACAAUCUCUCAACACUCGCUGCUGAGCAACAAUUCCAACAACUCCAUGAGUUCGAGUAUGAAAAUGUCGAAAUUCUGUCACGAAUGUGGCGCCAAGUUCAUCAUUGAGCACGCCAAGUUCUGCAUGGAUUGCGGAGUGCGGCGGAUGGUGCUCUAGAGAGAAAGAUUAACCCCCACAAAACACUAAAAAAUGAAAGCACACAGAACAAGUCGCCAAGUCUCCGCAGAGGAAGGAGUAGGCGGAGCCCUUGGAUAUAUACCAAAUGUAGUUGUUUAUGGAGAGAACCUUAACACACACAAACAGCUUAUAUAAAGAAUAAUAAUAAUAAUAUAUAUUUUAAUACAAACCAAAACCAAGCGA